AUGUCUAAACAAAACAUAGUACAUAAUACAGUUCAAAUAAACAAUGCAUUAAAUGCAAUCCAUCAGAAAUCAGAUGUUUUAAAACAUGAUUUCUCAAUAUAUACAACUGAAGAUGGUGAACAAAUAUCAACUACUGAAAGAUUUGUCAAAACAAUUGAUCCUCCAGCGACUAUUAAACCAACUGAUAAACAAUUAUUUCAUGAUAAUGGAUUACCAAAUUGUGAAUUCUUGAAAGAUCAUUUCUUUCAUGAAGGUAGAUUACAUGAAGAUCAAGUACUUAAAAUACUUCGACAAGCAACUAAAAUAUUAACAUCUGAACCUAAUUUGUUAACUGUUCCUGCUCCAGUUACUAUUUGUGGUGAUGUUCAUGGUCAAUAUUAUGAUUUAAUGAAAUUAUUUGAAGUUGGAGGAGAUCCAAAAUCAACGUCAUAUUUAUUUUUAGGUGAUUAUGUUGAUAGAGGUUCAUUUUCAAUUGAAUGUUUAUUAUAUUUAUAUUCCAUAAAGAUAAAUUAUCCAAAUACUUUUUGGAUGUUAAGAGGUAAUCAUGAAUGUAAACAUUUAACUGAAUAUUUUACUUUUAAAAAUGAAUGUUUACAUAAAUAUUCUUUAGAAGUUUAUCAAGAAUGUUUAACUUCAUUUAAUGCAUUACCUUUAGCUGCAAUUAUGAAUGAACAAUUCUUUUGUGUUCAUGGAGGUCUUUCACCUCAAUUAACUGAUUUAGAAGCAGUAAGAAGAUUAAAUCGAUUCAGAGAACCUCCAACCAAAGGAUUAAUGUGUGAUUUAUUAUGGGCUGAUCCAGUUGAAGAUUAUGAUGACGAUGAUAUAAAUGAAGAAUUUCUCCCCAAUGCAGUACGUGGUUGUUCAUAUUCUUUUACAUAUCGUGCAAGUUGCAAAUUCUUAGAUAGAACGAAAUUAUUAUCUGUUAUUAGAGCUCAUGAAGCUCAGAAUGCUGGUUAUAGAAUGUAUAAACGAACAAAAACAAUGGGAUUCCCUUCAUUAUUAACUAUGUUUAGUGCUCCUAAUUAUUUGGAUAGUUAUAAUAAUAAAGCUGCUGUUUUGAAAUAUGAAAAUAAUGUCAUGAAUAUUAGACAAUUUAAUUCCCUGCCUCAUCCUUAUUGGCUACCCCAUUUCAUGGAUGUUUUCACUUGGUCAUUACCUUUUGUAGGUGAAAAAGUUACUGAUAUGUUAGUUAGCAUUUUGAAUGUAUGCACUGAAGAAGAAUUAGAAGAAGAAAUUCCAUUCAGUGAAUCACAAAUUGGUGUAACCACCCCAAUGGAAAUUUGUACCCCUCCAGAAGAACAACAAGUAUCGCCAGCACAACGUGUUUCUCCAGCCCCACCACUUCCAAGAACCCCACCACCAUCUGCUCCUCCACCAGUACCUAUGGCCCCUACCAGUAUGGCUACUGGACGAAUCCCUGAAGAAGAAGAAACCCUCGAAGCCAAGAGAUUGGCAUUACGUAAUAAGAUUAUUGCUAUUGGAAAAAUGUCAAGAAUGUUUCAAGUCUUGCGUGAAGAACAAGAAAGCGUUGCUCAUUUAAAAGAAUUAAAUAGAGGUACAUUACCAAAAGGAUCUUUAUUACAUGGUAAGGCUGGAUUACAAAGGACAAUUAUGAGUUUUGAAGAAGCAAGACAAGCUGAUUUGGUGAACGAAGCCUUACCUCCAAGCAUGGAUGUUUUAAAGAGACAAGAGGAGGAAAGAGAGGUUAGGAUUAGGGAACAUAUUGAGAAUCCUUCUAAUAGUAGUCCUGUUUUACAACGAUUGAUUAGAAGAUUGUCACUGGGGAAUACUUCAAAUCAAAAGUAG